AUGGAUGUUUCAACAAGGUGGAACUCUACCUACCUAAUGCUGCGAGAUGUCUUGUACUACAAGGAUGCAUUUAUUAGGCUGAAGUCUUCAGAUCGCCGUAAGUAUGCCAAGAUUUCUCCAUCUUCUGCUGAAUGGGACAAUGCAUUAACAAUUUAUGGUUGCUUGAAGAAAUUUUAUGAUCUCACUGAAAUUCUCUCUGGCACUUCAUACCCUACUGCAAACUUAUUUUAUAGAGGUUUCUGUGAUAUCAAGGUCUUGCUUGAUGAGUGGUGCUAUGAUGAAAAUAUUACAAUUAAAGAAAUGACAAUUUCUAUGAAGUCAAAAUUUGACAAAUAUUGGGAUCAGUGCAGUAUUGCUCUAACUGUAGCCUGUUUUCUUGACCCUAUGUAUAAGAAAAGGCUGAUAGAAUACUACAUGAAGAAGUUCUAUGGUGGUUAUUAUCAAGCUGAACUUGAUGAGUUUGUUAGUGUGGUAAAAAAACUGUACAAGUUUUAUGUUAAUAUUGCUGCAUCAUCAAAGAAAACUAGAGAAGGGGCUGCACCCAGACCUAGUAACACAACUGAUAUAUUAAUGGAAAAUAUAGACCAUGGCUUAGAAGAAUUCUUAUAUGAAGCAAGUGAACCUGGUAUGGUUGAGUCAAAUGAGUUGGACAUGUAUAUUGGAGAACCACUACUGAAACUUAGUGGUGAGUUUGACAUCUUAGCAUGGUGGAAAAACAAGAGAGAGCAGUAUCCUAUCCUUUCACAAAUUGUUCGGGAUGUAAUGGCCAUACAAGUGUCAACAGUAACAUCCGAGUCUACUAUUAGUGCUGCUGGCCGUGUUGUUGAUCCCUAUCGCAGUCGGCUUGAUCCCGAGAUGGUACAGGCAUUAAUUUGCACAAAGGAUUGGGUUGCUGCAGCAAGUAAAGAUUCUAAAAAGCUUGGAUCAAUUGUGAGUGAUCUUGAGGUUGACGCUUUAACUAAUGUUGUGGCUAAACUGAAAAUUGAGGAAAAUAACAAGGAGGGAGAUGAGGACAAUGAGGUGGACAAUGAGGAAGCAAAGGACAUGGAAAGUGAUCCUGACAUCAUGGAUGAUGCUGAUGAACUGUAG